AACAAAAUGAUGAUUUUGGUAUCACAAGUAUUAUCACGCCUUAACCUUAAGUUCUUUGUACCUUUAAAUUAAAUUUUAAAGUUGUAGGAAUUUUUCAAAAAUGCCGACCAUCGGUGUAAAGCGAGAUUUGCUUUUCAAAGCACUAGGAAAAGUAUACACCGAUGAUGAAUUUCAAAGUUUGUGUUUUCAAUAUGGAUUGGAGCUAGAUGAAGUGACGACAGAAAAGCAAAUGAUCGCUAAAGAACAAGGAUCGGAGCAAAGUAUUGGUGCGUCAGAGGAAAUAAUCUAUAGAAUAGAUAUUCCAGCCAAUCGAUAUGAUCUACUGUGUUUGGAGGGCCUUGUUAUUGGACUUCUCGUAUUUGAGAACAAAAUACCGUUACCUCAUUAUAUGGCAAUAACUCCAAAAGCAGGAAUACAACAAAUUAUCAUAACAAAAAAUUGUGCUUCUGUUAGAGAACAUAUAGUUGGUGCUGUUCUACGUAAUGUUACAUUAACAAAAGAUUCAUAUAACAGUUUCAUUGAUCUACAAGACAAGCUGCAUCAAAAUAUAUGUAGAAAACGUACUCUCGUAUCAAUUGGUACCCACGAUUUAGAUACAAUUCAUGGUCCAUUUACUUAUGAUGCUAUGCCACCGAAAGAUGUCUUUUUCAAACCUCUUAAUCAGGAAAAAGAAUAUACUGGUGAACAAAUCAUGGAUCUAUAUGCUAAUCAUGCCCAGCUGAAGCAGUAUUUACAUAUUAUAAAGAAUAGCCCAUUUUAUCCAGUGGUAUAUGAUGCUAAUGGUGUGGUUUUAUCACUACCUCCGAUUAUUAAUGGAGAUCAUUCAAAAAUUACACUGAACACAAAGAAUAUUUUUAUAGAAUGUACUGCAACGGAUCUCACAAAGGCAAAGAUUGUUUUGGAUAAUUUAGUAUGCGCAUUCAGCCAGUAUUGCAGUAAGAAAUUUACGGUCGAAUCCGUAGAAGUUGUUUAUCCAAACAACAAGAUAUACAUCUAUCCAGAAUUGAAGUAUCGUACGGAAGAAAUUAGUAGCAAUAAAGCAGCUGGUUACAUUGGAAUAACGCAAACUCCAGAACAAGUGGCAAAUUUACUUUCAAAAAUGUGCCUCAAAACAGAGGUCAAAGGCCAGGAUCGACUGCUGGUCCAGGUGCCUCCGACAAGGCACGAUGUAAUACACGCGUGUGACAUCUAUGAAGAUAUUGCUAUUGCAUAUGGGUAUAAUAAAAUAGAGAAAACUGUCCCACGCACGCCAACAAUAGCUGAGGAGUGUCCACUCAACAAGCUGUCUGACCAGCUACGCGAGGAGUUGGCACAUGCUGGUUUCACAGAGGCAUUAACUUUUUCAUUGUGUUCCCGCGAAGAUGUUGCCGACAAGCUGGGUCAUGACAUUAAAAAUGAACCUGCUGUACACAUUUCAAAUCCAAAGACUCUCGAAUUUCAGGUAGCACGUACAACACUUUUAUCGGGUCUUCUGAAAACUAUAGCAGCCAAUAAGAAGAUGCCUCUACCACAAAAAUUGUUUGAAGUUUCCGAUGUCGUAUUACGCGAUCCUACUGCUGAUGUCGGUGCACGUAACGAAAGGCGUAUCUGUGCUGUGAACUGCAAUAAAUCUGCAGGAUUCGAAGUCAUUCAUGGUCUUUUGGAUAGAUUAAUGCAAUUACUUGAAGUACCUUGGAGUUCCAAUAAGGACAACGAAGGUUAUUAUCUUCAACCAGCCGAAGAUCCCACUUAUUUUCCACAGCGUUGCGCAGAUAUAGUAGUAUUUGGAGAAGUGAUUGGAAAGAUGGGUGUAUUGCAUCCAAAUGUGAUUAAUAAGUUUGAAUUGCAUUUACCGUGUUCUGCUCUGGAAAUAAAUAUCGAGCGUUUGUUAGAAUAAGGAUGCUUUUCAUAGCACCUCUGAAUAAAUCAUAUUUAUUAAAGGCAAAUUUACACCAUCUGUAAACUUUUGUAUCAAAUUCAAUAACUAAAUAGUUAAAUUUAUUUCUUAAUAAUAUACCAGUUAUAAAUAGUA